CUGCAGGAGGGCUCUCCGCUUUUCCCAAAACCUUUCACGUCUGCCGACCUGCCUGGGGACACCAUGCAACUCCCCUGAGUCUGCUCCCUUGGCAGCGAGCGCCCGGGGGAGGCAGGCCGAGAGAUAACACAGCGCUUGAAGAUCCCCACAUUACCUCAGCAGAUAAGGCGGAGGGAGGGGGAUGGAGCCGAGCGGGGUGGACAUCGGGCCUUUGGGUGGAGGAGAGGGCCGAGCACCUCCAAGCAGUAGGAAGUAGACCCUCGAGCGGUGUCAUUUAGAGGUUUGGUGGUCUCACCGCCGGUUCCCAUGUCAGAGCGAGCGCAGGGAGAAGCCGGGAUACAGGAGCGAGGAGAGACGGGCGGGAAGAGCCAACGCACCCAGAGAUGGACGCAGUCAUGCGUGAGGCAAGCAACACAUAGAGAGCCAAAGAAGUGGGUAAAGUCCGACUCGGCCAUUCCACCAAAGGCAUGCAGGACUCAAAACUCUCCGGAGAAUGCGGCAAGAGAGAGGAGUCGUGUGAAGAACCUCAGACAAGCUUUUCAUAGCCUUCAGUCUGCCCUGCCGUCUGUUCCUCCUGACACCAAACUCUCAAAGCUGGACGUGCUGGUCCUGGCCACCAACUACAUCGCCCACCUGACUGAGACCCUGGACCAGGGUGGAGAGCUGGCGGACCACGGCAUCAGACCCAGAGCAGAAGGAUCCCUGCACCCUGUCAAGAAAUGGCCCAUGCGGUCUCUUCUCUACUGUGGGAACAUGGGAGGACGACUGACAGGUGCACCGGCCAAUCAGGAAGCAGCGUGUGUCUCAACAGUGAAAGCUGACAUACGGACUGAAAAGACGUCUUAAUGCUAAACCACUGACACGUGUUUGUGAACAGGUCAAAUGUUAUUUGAUAAUCUGUUGUUAGGAUGUGUUUUAUCACACAGAUACAAUUAUUUCCACAUUAUUUAACUUGUAUUGUGAUAAACUGCAAGUUUAUUUGUGACUGACAUUUUAAGAGACCUUUGAAAGAAAACCAAUACUGUUAAGAGCUCAAGGAUGCCAAAAUGACCUAAUCCACGCUACUUAUAUAAUCCCCACACCUCUUACUGUGCUAAAAACAACAAUUCAUGUUUUUUCCACAAAGACUUGUUCUUUUAGAUAUGUAGCGAACACCAAGAAUACACUAUUUGUCAUCCACUCUUUUCCUGUAGAAUAAAAAUGCAAAUCUCAAUCAAAUGUCAGCCAUGGCUACAAAAAUCUGUUUAAUUUGUUGAAUGUUUUACCCAUUUAAAGCUUAACAGUCCACCUUAUCUCUCUCCAUUUGUUGUUAUCUUGGACUGUUUGGGUUUAAUAUCGGUUUUGCGGUGGAUGGUAAUAAAAUGAAUGGAAGGGAGGAUUGUUAUAAGGAACACUUGGCAACCGCACACGAAUGAUGGAGAACCCC